AUGAAGAGAAAGUCACCAACGAAAGAUUUGGUGGGAAGUCACAUUUACAGCGAAUACGAAGACACCUUAUAUCCUCCUUUCAACAAGAAACAAAACUUGGAAAAAAGCUUCCAAGAAACAAGUUCAUUUCUUCAACCCGAAGAGAAAACAGGCAUCGAGGAUGUAUCUUGUUUGGUCACAGAAACUUUUACACGUUUAGAAGAGAUACGUGAACUAUUUUAUAAUGUCGAUCGGACACUGAAUAUCCCACCAAUCGUUCUGCAAUCUCAGCUGUUAUAUUUCCAAAUCCCUCGGUUACAUAUCGACAUGGAGGAUUUGUUGAAAUUUAAAGUGGUCGAAUGCUAUGUAGCAGGUGAGGUGGAAGAAAAGGGUUUUGUAUACAAGGAGGACUAUUUGAGUUACGUAGCACAAUAUUAUAAAUCAAGCGCAUCAAAGCGGCUCACCGAUUUAGUAAGCAAAGAAGGGGGCUUUGAAGUCGAGAAGUCAUUCACACAACCAGAGAUCAUAGAGCUUAAAAGGUUGGGAUUACUAUGGCAAAAGGCUCCUCAAAAAAAGAUCAGACUUCUCUUACCCCGCCAUGACCUCUUUUUGGAAAACCUUUUGCUUUGGUCCAAAAAGAUUUUUGGAGUCAUAAAUGCUUCGCCGUUCCACGCCAUGCCACUUGAUAAAUUGUUUUAUAGAUAUGACUCUGCUUGCUUCAACACAAAAUACAUUCUGUACUAUUUAUUUGGUACAAACAAAAUUGUUGAGUUUGUUCUUGUGAUUGAUGUUGAGUAUUAUAUUUACCACAAAGGACUGUUGAGAAUGAUGUAA